CUGAGCCCCUUACCAGAGCUCUCUCCCCUUCUAUUAUUAAGUUAUACGAAACAUCUCAGAUUCUCCUUUGCAUCAUACGGCAGGUUUGAUCCUCGCUAUUGGUGUAGAUCCUACUCAUAUCUCACGCUGGGUGUUGGCGUGUUGUAGGCCGACUAGACUUGCGGCUCAAGUGAAAAACAAUUAGGUAGAAAGGAAAGAGGCUGGGAAAGGGAACAGAACUAUACAAGUACAAGUCAAAAAACAAGUGUACGAACUGAGUUAGAGAUCUAGCGAGAUUAAUUCCCGAUCGUACCCAAGGUCUACUUAAGUGUUCCGGAGAAACAAGCCAAACGCGGCCCCGCCAAUACCCGUAGACGAGGAAAUUUGCUUUCGGGACGACCGCGGCGACAAGUUUAGCUCAAGCCAAGGGCUCGGUUCACUGGUCGUAGUAAAGGGGAGACUUGAGCAAAAUCUGCAUAUUCAAGUAAUAGCUCGGAGGCGUACUGCGGAUUAAAAAUUAUGCGUCGGUUUAUCUCGGCAGGCAUGCGGAAGAUACCGGUCCCAGAUCAUCCGCAUAGCUUAAGGAACAUCGAUAACCAAGGUGUGGCAUUGUGCCAUCAGGGAAAGUACGACGAAGCCGAGGUUAUGCAUCGACGUGCGUUGGCGGGCAGGGAGAAGACACUCGGGCCGGAUCAUCAAGAUACCUUACAGAGUGUUGUGAAUCUCGGCGCGGCGUUGCAUUGUCAAGGAAAGUACGACGAAGCCGAGAUUGCGUGUCGUCGUGCAUUGGCGGGAAGAGAAAAAACGCUGGGGCUGGAUCAUCAAGAUACCUUAGAGAGUGUCGAUAAUCUCGGCACAACCCUGCAUAGUCAAGGAAAGUGCAACGAAGCUGAGAUUAUGCAUCGACGUGCAUUGGCGGGCAGAGAAAAAAUGCUCGGGCUGGAUCAUCAAGAUACCAUACAGAGUAUCAACAAUCUCGGUACGACUCUGCGUAGACAAGGAAAGCACGACGAGGCAGAGAUUAUGCAUCGACGUGCGUUGGCAGGUAGAGAGAAAACUCUCGGGCCAGUUCAUCAAGAUACCUUACGGAGCGUUGGUGAUCUCGGUACGACUCUGCAUAGGCAAGGAAAGCACGACGAGGCAGAGAUUAUGCAUCGGCGUGCAUUGGCGGGCAGAGAGAAAACACUUGGACUAGAUCAUCAAGAUACCUUACGGAGUGUUAGUAAUCUUGGCACGACUCUGCAUAGGCAGGGAAAGCACGAUGAGGCAGAGAUUAUGCAUCGACGUGCAUUGGCGGGCAGGGAGAGAACGUUUGGGCUAGAUCAUCAAGAUACCUUACGCAAUGUUAAUAAUCUCGGUACCACUUUACAUGAGCAAGGAAAGCACGCCGAGGCGGAGAUUAUACAUCGACGUGCAUUGGCGGGCAGAGAGAAAACGCUCGGACGAGAUCAUCGAGAUACCUUAGAGAGCGUUAAUAAUGUCGGCAUGACCCUGCGUAGUCAAGGAAGGUACAACGAAGCCGAGAUUAUGUACCUACGUGCAUUGGCAGGUAGAGAGAAAACACUCGGGCUAGUUCAUCGAGAUACCUUACAGAGUGUUAGGGAUCUAGGAGUGGCGCUUUAUAGGCAGGAAAAGUACGACGAAGCGGGGAUUAUGCAUCGACGUGCCUUUGCAGGCCGAGAGAAAAUGCUCGGGUUAGAUCAUCGAGAUAGCUUGCUUAGUUCUAAUAAUCCAAGUGUGGUUCUGCAUGAUCGGAAAAAGAACAACGAAAUGGCAAUUGUGCAUCGACAUGCGGCAGAAGUCGGGGAGAAUGCGCUUGGACCACAUAACCCGGCCGUCUUAUUAGGUGCUAUUGGACUAGCUGUGACGCUUCUUGCUGAGAGGAAGUACGAGGAAGCUGAGAUCGUGUAUCGACAUGCCCUAAGGACUAUGGAAAAGGCUCUGGGGCCAGAUCAUCCGGGUGCUCUCGAUAGUAUGAAUCUGCUCGGCGAAACGCUGCUUGAUCUGGAAAGGUACGGGGAAGCUGAGGCUAUGUGUCGACGUGCAUUGGCGGGCAGAAAGAAAGCUCUAGGACUACAUCAUGCAGCUACCCUUACGAGCGCCGACAACCUUGGCCGAACACUGUAUCAUCAGAGAAAGUACGAAGAAGCGGAGAUGAUGUUUCGAUCUGCGCAGGCGGGCAGAAAAACAUUGUUUGGACUAUAUCAUCCAGAUACCCUACUGAGCAUCCUUCGCCUCGGUGUGACGCUGCUUGAUCGGGAAAAGUAUGAAGAAGCCGAGACCGUGUAUCGGCAUGCCCUAGGGGUUAUGGAGGAUGCUCUGGGGCCCGAUCAUCCAGAGGUCCUCGACAGCAUGAAUACGUUGGGCGAGACGCUGCUUGAUCUGAAAAAGUAUAGCGAAGCGGAAGUUAUGUGUCGACGCGCGCUGGUGGGCAGAGAGAAGACGCUUGGACCAGACCAUCGAGAUACCCUACUAAGUGUCAAUAAUCUCGGUGUGGCACUGCGUAAUCAGAAUAAGCACCACGAAGCGGAGAUUAGUUAUCGACUUGCAUUGAUGGGUACGGAGAGGACGCUUGGACGUGACCACCGAGACACCCUAACGUGCGCCUAUAAUCUGGCUGGGGCGUUGCAUUGCCAGAAAAAGUAUGACGAGGCUGAGUUGAUGCAUCGGCGUGCGUUGACGGGACGAGAGAAGAUUCUGGGGCUGGGUCAUCGACACACCCUUCGUAGCCUCGUUAGGCUAGGCACGGUACUAUACGAGAAGAGAGAAUACGAGGAAGCGGAGAUUAUGUAUCGGCGUGCGGCUACGCGGGCGGAGAGAGCUCUAGGGCCCGGCCACCCUACCACUCGAAAAACUUUUAACCGCCUCUCGAUGUUUCUCAAUGCCGGGCCGACGAGUGUGAUGAGUACCUUGGACGAAGCAUCAUGGCAGAGGUGAAGAGUUUGGGUUUGCUCAAUGCAAUGAAAUUAUGUUGGCUAUUUUUUUUAUACAUUUAACUUUUCUAGUCUUUUUUUUCCCGAAAUAUCCAGCUGCUAUAACACCGGGAUCCUUUUUUCUUGGUGGAGGUAUUGAAUUGUCUAACCUUUUUCGAUUGGAGUUAAAAUAGCUUCAUAGUUGGGGGGUCCAGUGAUUUGCUCUUUUGUAAAUUAGUAUCAAGACCCUCGUUUAUUAUGA